AUGACUGAAGUAGGACUUACAUUCAACGAUUACGCAGUCCCUGCCAAAGACCUUCCGAAGCCCCCCGCGGAGGUGAAGCUGCCGCCCUCCAAGCCCGGUGCCGCUGGAAGGAGCGUUCCCAGUACAAACGAUGGCUCACAACCCGCAAAUAACAACUCGGCGCUGGGAAAUACGGACAGCAAGAACCAGGACAGCUCGCUCACCUUCCCUAGUGAGAGCCUCUCGGCGAGCGGCAGGCAAAGUACGCUGAUCCUGACGUCGACUCACUCGGACCCGAUCUCCACCGACGAGGAUUUCUACGAGAACUACCGAGCCGCCCAAGAAGCCAUCCGCAAAGGACAUCACCCGAUUUUGAUCCCGGAGGGCACUUCCGGAUCCUACUUUGUGCAAGACACCACCGGCCGCUACCUCGCCGUGUUCAAGCCGAAAGACGAAGAGCCGUUCGCGCCGCUCAACCCGAAAUGGCCAAAGUUCUUCCAAAGGAUGCUGUGUUUCUGCUGUUUUGGUCGUGCCUGCCUCAUCCCCAACAACGCGUAUCUCUCCGAAGCCGCCGCCAGCCUGGUCGACGAGCGCCUGAAUCUCCAUGUCGUGCCGAAGACCCGGGUCGUCAAGCUGGCCUCUUCCUCCUUCUUCUACAAGCGAACCUUUGGCUUUGGCACGGGAUCCGUUGAACAUUGGCCGAAGGAGGGCAGCUACCAGCUUUUCAUGCACGGUUACGAGCCGGCCAGUACCGUCCUGGCCCGCUGGGACUACGAUCCGAAUCUGCUCAGCGAGGGUGAGGAGAAAGAAUUCAAGCGACAAUUCCAGAGGCUGUGCGUGCUCGACUACGUGAUCCGGAACACUGACCGCCAUCGCGAGAACUGGCUGAUCAAGCACAUUCCUGGCAAAGAGAUCCGGAUCGCCGCCAUUGACAAUGGCUUGGCUUUUCCGGUGAAACACCCGGAAUGCGCCUCCCGCUUCCGGCGAUUCCCGUUCCAAUGGGCGACGUUGAAGUGGGCCAAUGAGAGCUGGGACGUGGAGCUGCGCAAAGACCUGAUGCAACGUAUCACCCCGUUCUUCAUCCACAACCUGUGCUCCGAGCUUCGCCCUUUGCUGCGCCACGACCACCUGGACCGCUCGCUGACGAGCCAUCAGCUGAAAGUCGUCCGCGGCCAGCUCUACAAUCUGAGCGCCGCCCUGGAGGAGGGUCUGACGCCGGCCGAGAUGUCGCGCCUGGUCCCUGUACUGCUCCACAGGAAAUAUCGCAAAAUCCCCAGCGGGGGGUCACUGCUCGACAAUUUUACGCUGCGCGACAUGGACUACAACGGACGGGUUUGCUGC